AUGCCUCGCUUCUGGCUCGCUGAACCUCCUGCCCUGUUGCGGCUCUUGAGCUGGUCGAUUUAUAUCCUCGCUGUUGGUACAUUCGUAGCGACGAUCUGCCGGCCCAUGUUCCUCAAUGACGACGUGCCAACCUACUGCACCGCUCUGCUCAAUCAUGGCCAGUGGCUCGACAACGAGUUCCAGAACUGGCAGCCCCCAGGAUGCAUGCUCCACAAGUACGAGGCCAACGACAUAGCAAGCUGCCUGAACUCUCAGAGGAUACUCUUUGUAGGAGAUUCGACAGUCCGCCAGGUCUUCUGGGCUGCUGCAAGGAAGCUUGCAAAGCAUGAUGCCGACAAACACAAGGAGAGGGCUCAGAAACACAGCUCGUACAGCUACACAAGGAGGAACGUUACGCUGGAGUUCUGGUGGGACCCUUUCCUCAACAGCACGGCCUUGAAGGUCGAGCUACGGUCACGCCACAACCAACUUGAAGGAGUUCUACCUUCGUCAAUCGAGCAGCAAGACGGGGGAACUGCUAUGCUCCUCGGCACUGGUCUUUGGCAUGCGCGGCACCUUGGUCAUGAAGCACUUCAGCAGUUCCAGCGCAGCAUUAACGAUACCGUUGCCGAGAUUUGGUCCCAGGGUUCUAAUUUCAACCAGCGUCACAGCCGUAUCAGCGCCGCAAACGGCGUGCGGGAUCGUGUACUCAUUGCUCCGGUGGAGGUUCCUCUAUACGAAAAGCUAUCUCCGGAUCGAGGCCGAGCUUUGGUUCCUGGAGUGAUUGAGGAGAUGAAUCUUCAUUUGGAGCAGCUCUCGUUGCAUCACGGCGUCCCUACCAUGUGGGCUUUCAAGGACAUGACGUCCGGGCGCAUCGCCGCUUACGAGGAGAGUGGUGUCCAUGUGACUGAUGUGGUAGCUGCGCAGAGGGCGGAUGUGCUCUUCAACAUGCUCUGCAACACGAAAGCGGCACAAGCGGGCGUUUAUCCACUCGACGGAACUUGCUGCGUGCUGCCUAAGGCCAAGUCCUUAUGGAGAGCUUCCCUAGCCGUUUGGAUCGUUGUUUUCGUACGACUGACUUCCAACGCUGCACUCUCUUGGCCUGGGUUGACGGUUCUGCUCGCCGCGGGUUUUGCCAGCAUGGCAGACCGUACACCGAUGUUCAACAAAGUGCAAAAGCAGUACUCGGAGUUCGACUUCCUGGUACUUACAGGCGUGGGCUUCUUGUUGGGCUUCCUUACCAUGCAGCCGUCAUCAUCUUCCUCAAGGCGGAAAUGGUGUAGCCCGUCCAACGGCCUCCAGUCCUUCCUCUCAAGGGACCAAACAGACGAAUGGAAGGGGUGGAUGCAGCUCGUCAUCCUUGUUUAUCACUACACCGGCGCAUCCAAGGAGCUCUGGAUCUACAAGGCGGUACGGGUUCUCGUGGCAUCGUACCUCUUCCUUACUGGGUAUGGGCAUACGAAGUACUUCUACGAGAAGGAUGACUAUUCUUUCCGCCGAGUUGCUGCUGUUCUCAUUCGGUUGAAUCUCCUCUCUUGCAUACUCCCGUACAUUAUGUCAACGGAGUAUAUCUUCUACUACUUCGCGCCGCUCGCUAGCUUCUGGUUCCUCGUUGUCUAUGCCAUUCUCCGGAUUGACCGAUCACACAACCACCUAUGGCAAUUUCUGACGGCCAAGAUCCUGGUUUCAGCAGUUCUGGUCUCAGCUUUCUUCCACACGCCGGGGCUGCUGGAAGCCGUGUUUACUUUCCUCCGGACUACUUGUCGCAUACACUGGAGCGUAUACGAAGUCCGGUUCCGGUUCGGUCUUGAUCAGUACAUUGUCUUCGUUGGCAUGCUGACCGCUGUUAUUCAUUCUCGUAUCAUUCUAGCUCGGUCUUCCAUUCGGCAGAAAGAAAGCCCGGCUUUUGACCCUGCCCAGCGCCAUUCGUUCUUCUUGCCACUACUACUCGCAACAUUUGCCACGACAAUCCUCGUUGGAUACAGCAUCGUGGCGUGGCAAUUUCCAAACAAGUUCGAUUACAACCUGUGGCAUCCUUACAUCAGCUUUCUCCCUGUACUCGCAUACGCCAUCUUCCGCAAUUCGCAUCCUGUCCUCGCGGCUUACCACUCGAGGGCUUUCACAUGGCUUGGCCGCUGUUCUCUAGAGACGUUCACGCUGCAGUAUCAUAUCUGGCUCGCCGGCGACACGAAAGGUCUGUUGAGUACCGGACUCUUCCGUGGCGACGGAACCUUUUUUGGAGACAGGUGGCGGGAUUUUGUACUGCUGACUCCCGUCUUCCUCUUCGUCAGCUGGAAGGUCUCGAAUGCUACCACAGUGGUCAUGAACUUGAUCAUUAAAGAUGCGGAGGAGAAGGCCAGUCAGGGAAGCCUCAAGUCGGAUGCAUCAAAGUUGCCUGAGCACAACUCGGAGUGCCCGGACGCGACACCAUCCAAUCCCGGUGGUUACCUGUGUUCUAUCUUCGGACGACUAGGCCGAAUUCUGUGGCCAGGCAACCUCCAUGGACGGAUCUUGAUCCUGCUCGGUGUCAUGUGGGUGUGCAAUUGGACGACCUCGCCAGCUCAGCGCCGUCCAUAG